GUGUGUGUGUGUGUCCUGACAAAGGCUCCAUCCAGCCGUGUUGCAGAGGGCUGCCUGUUCCCAGAGACCCUCAGAGCUCCAGGACUCCCAGUCUCUCUGCCGCCUGCAGCCCAGAAACAGCAGCCCCGGCACGGACGCACACACUUGCCUGCUCCCCUCCUCCUCUGGAGCUCCAACGCCUCCAACAUUUGGAUUAGUAAUGGACAGAAGAAACAGUUUUAAAGUGGGAAACUUAGGAGUAUUGCGAGUUUAAUAAAGACGCAAGAAGAGAAAAGAGAAAACACCUUCAUCCGUCCGGACUACAAACCGAUUAAACAUCUAGUAGAGGCCUCGUAAACGGUUGCCAACUUAACUUUACUGGCGUAAUCUUUUCCUGGAAUUGUCGACUUUUCGGAGGACUUCACAGAGGAACCGUGAGCUAGAUCUGCAACCUACUGAUCGGUAGGUUUCGGAGACUUUAUCAACAUUGGUUCGGUUGAUCCUUCCUGAAUAUUUAGGGACUUCUUUCUUGGAAACAUUGCUGGAUUUUUGUGAAGCUCACCACACUUUUACACCGUUGUUUGUGAACAGUUUUGGUUUGAAUAUUUACAAUUUAAAAAAAGGAAAUCUGAAUCUUCUGAAUUUAAUCUUUCACAUUUAGAAUGGGCAUCAUGUCGCCGUGCGUCGGCGUGUGUUUCUGUCUGUGUCUGCUGCUGUUUACGGACGCCAAAAGUGUCGGGAAACACGCCACAGACGGCCGGCUCGACGCCACAGACGAAUCCUCCUCGCUCGUCAAAAAACUGAAACCCGUUUGGAUCCCGAAGCAUCUCGGCGCCCCUGAGAUGCUAGAUCUGGACGCGGAGUUGAUGCAGCGCCAACGCCGUGGCGCCGAGGACGAGGAGCAACAGUCCACCUUCAGCCAGUCCUUCGAGAACGACUCGGUGACGACGCCGCGGGCCACCGAGUUCGCCAACGGCACAAAAGUGGGCGCGGCAGACAACGGUGAUCACAAUCAAGAUGGCGGCGAUGUUGGCGGAAAUGUGUCCAGCCCUGGAGACAACGGCGCCCCGGGACUGUUCAACCCGUUCUAUCCGCUGGAGGAGAGCUCGUACGCGGCCUACGCCGUGCUGUUCCUGGGCGGCCUGGUGCUCGCCGUGGGCGUGGUCGGGAACAUGGCGCUCAUGUGCAUCGUCUGGAACAACUACUACAUGCGCUCGGCGUGGAACUACCUGCUGGCCAGCAUGGCCUUCUGGGACUUCCUGGUGCUGGUGCUCUGCCUCCCCGUGGUCGUCCUCAACCAGCUCUCCCAUAGGAGGAUCCUCGGUGACAUCACCUGCCGCAUGGUGCCGUACAUGGAGGCCGUGUCUCUGGGCAUCACCUCCUUCACGCUGUGCGCUCUGGGCAUAGACCGGUUCCUCGCCGCCACGUCCUCGGCCCAGCCCAAGGCGCGGCGGGUGGAGCGCUGUCACGCCGUGCUGCUGAAGAUGCUGCUGGUGUGGCUGGCCGCCCUGCUGCUGUCCAGCCCCGAGCUCUUCCUCUGGACGCUCAGCCAGAGCGUCUCGCCGUCCAGCGGCCGGCUGACUGACGCCUGCAUCGUCACGCCGGCCUCGCCGCUCUCCCUCCUCCUGCCAGACUCACUGCACUCCCUGCUGCUCCGCUACCACCAGGGCCGUAUGUGGUGGUGUUUCGGCUGCUACUUCUGCCUCCCCGUCCUCUUCACCGUCCUCUGCCAGAUCGCCACGCGCAACGUCAACAGCGACUCUAGCACGGCCCAGAAGCAGCGUAACCAUGACGACGCCCCCCCCAGCCAGCACCAGGUGGUGGAGCGGCAGCUGAACUGCACGCUGCUGGCGCUGGCCGUGGUCUACGCCGUCUGCGCGCUGCCCGAACACGUGUGCAACAUCACGCUGGCCUACACGCACGCCAGCAUCUCCGAAGACACAGCCGCCAUGCUGGCGCUGCUGCAUCACUUCCUGUUGUUCUUCAAGUCCUCGGUGACGCCAGUGCUGCUGCUGUACCUGUGCAAGACUCUGGGCCAGGCCUUCAUGGACUGCUGCUGCUGCUGCUGUCAGGAAUGUCAGCCAACCGUGGCUCACGGCUCGCCAGGCUCCGCCCACGUCAAACUGAAGGCCGCCAACGAGACGUCCAUCUUCUUCGACAAGGCUAAAGACACGUCGGCCAUCUUGGCAAUCUCCAGCUAGACCCGCCAGUCCCUCUUUAACCAUCAAUCACUCAUCUUCCUCCUCCAUACAUCAACACGUCUACACUGUAGCGUUCCUUAACUCCAUAUAUAUAUAUAUAUAUAUAUAUAUAUAUAUAUAUACACACAUCCAAUUCCCUGUUUGGAUCUCCAGUCAACUGUAGAUUUCUAAAGUUACCAGCCAAUCACAUUUGCCGCUGAAUACAGACACAC